UUGACGCGCUUCACAAAGCUCUCGGCCGCAAUGCCCAAGGUAACUAUCGUUGGAGCCGGCAUCGUCGGCAUGGCCGUUGCCAGUAUGCUCUCUAGAUUUCACGAAGUCACGAUCGUUGCGCGAGACUUGCCCGGGGACUCCCCGAGCCAUCAGUGGGCAUCCCCAUGGGCAGGUGCAGUGUUUCUCGGUCUAGAUGGCUCAACCGCAGCCGAGCAGAAGAUGCAGAGGGAUGCGUUCGCUUUCUUGUGGGCUCUGGCAGACUCGAACCCUGAGUCAAGCGUCAAGAGAAUCGAGAUGAUUGACCUCCAAGAGGCGACCACUAUCGACAAGAUCUGGUACAAAGACCUGAUGCCCGGGUUCAGAGCCAUGCGUCCAGAAGAGCUACCCCAGGGUGUCGUCUGUGGGAUGAGCUACAAAACCGUUGUUCUCACCCCCACGACGUUCCUUCCUUGGCUAGCGCAGCAGUUGAAAGACAGAGGCGUGGUGUUCAUGCGCCAGAAUAUUGAAUCCCUCUCUGAUCUGAAGCACCUCAACCACGACGUUCUGGUCAACUCUACCGGCUGCGGUGCUAGGUUCCUGCAUGACGUCCGCGAUGAAAGCGUGCAAGAGGUCCGGGGCCAGACGAUCUUGAUCAAAACGGAUUUUGACAAGAUUCUAAUGCGCCAUGGCAAGGCAUACACAUAUGUCAUUCCUCGACUAGAUGGCACUGCUAUCCUGGGUGGAAUCAAACAGGUCAACAACACUGACACCGCUAUUGACCUGGACAUCAGAGACGACAUCCUAAGACGUGUGCACGAGAAUGCUCCAUCAGUAUUCAGGGACAACAAGAUCGAAAACGUCGAGAUCAUACGGGAUAACGUCGGGUUCCGCCCGGCUAGGACUGGAGGAGUGCGGGUAGAGAAGGAGAAUCUGGACGGCCAGAGUGUCGUUCACGCCUACGGGACUGGCGGUGGCGGCUACGUGUUCAGUUUCGGCGUUGCCAGGGCAGCGGGCACUUUGGUCAAUGAUUUCGUGUUCACCACCUCACGAGCGAGGCUUUAA